AUGGGUUUGUUAAAAGAUGAUCGGGAAUUCAUUGAUGCUAUAAACAAUGUAGCUACAAUAUCCUCAGCUGUGCAUGUAAGGAAUUUAUUUGUUACAUAUUUACUGGGUAACACACUAAGUAAUCCUUUGAAUGUCUGGAAUAAAACAUGGCAAGAACUUGCCGAUGAUAUUCAGUAUGAUCUCCGAAAGACUCAUAACAAACCAGAUUUGGUUAUUGAAGAAAAUCGUCUUAAGGACCUGUGUUUAAUGGAGAUUGAAAAGAUUUUAAUGGUCAAUGGAAAAUCCCUUAAGGAUUUUUCUGGGAUGCCUCGGGUUGAAGCUAAUACCUUGGUUAAGUAUGGAAAUGUGUUGCUUCUCAACGAGCUCAAUUUUGAUGCCGUAGAGAUGAGUCGAUUACAUGAAGAAUGCUUUGGCAAGUUGAAUGAUGGCCAAUCUAAAAUAUAUGAGGAAAUUAUUACAGCUAUAAAUUCAAAAAAUGGUGGCUUUUUCUUUGUGUAUGGAUAUGGUGGAACUGGGAAAACCUUUUUAUGGAAGACUUUGACCUACAAACUAAGGUCUGAGAAGAAGAUUAUAUUAAAUGUUGCAUCAAGUGGCAUUGCAUCCCUUUUACUACCAGGUGGUAGAACAGCUCAUUCAUUAUUUUCCAUUCCCCUUGCUUUGAAUGAGGACUCCUGUUGUGGGAUACCAUUAGGAAGUCCUAAAGCCGAAUUGUUGGAACUUGCUAGCUUAAUCAUUUGGGAUGAGGCACCAAUGGUUAGCCGGUAUGCUUUUGAGGCUUUAGAUAGGACUUUGAGGGAUAUAAUGAAGUCCAAAAUCAAUGGCAAUUCUAAUAUUCCAUUUGGGGGGAAGGUUGUUGUUUUGGGCGGUGAGUUUCGUCAAAUUCUACCCGUCAUUCCCAAAGGUAGGCGAGCAGAAAUAGUUAUGUCAACAAUUAACUCCUCACGUUUGUGGCGCUUUUGCAAGGUGUUGACUUUAACUGAGAAUAUGAGGUUGAUGACCAAUAAAUGCUCUCCAAUUAAUGACGAAAUUAAAGAUUUCGCAAAGUGGGUUUUGGAUGUUGGUGACGGUAAUUUGGGUCAUUAUAAUGAUGGUCAGUCUGAUGUUCGAAUUCCUAAUGAUUUGUUAAUCCAACAAACUUUGAACCCUAUUGCAGAUAUUGUUCAAUUAAUGUACCCUGAUAUUCUUCAAAAUGUUGGUUCUGUUGAAUACUAUUCUGAUAAAGCAAUUCUUGCUCCAACUCUAGAUGAUGUUGAUUCAAUCAAUCAAUAUGCAUUGUCAUUAUUUCCCGGAAAUGAAAAAACUUAUCUUAGCUCUGAUUCAGUAUGGAAAGUCAAUGAAGAAAUUGGAAUUGAAGCUGAUUGGUUAACCACUGAAUUUUUAAAUGGUAUUAGAAGUUCUGGGAUUCCUGAUCACAAGUUGGUUCUUAAAGAAGGUGUACCUGUUAUGCUCAUGCGAAAUCUAGACAUUUCUACUGGUUUAUGCAACGGUACAAGACUUAUUGUUGACUACCUUGGUCCAAAUGUAAUUGGUGCUACCAUUCUCUCUGGGACACAUAUUGGAAAGGUUGUUUAUAUCUCUAGGAUGAAUUUGAUGCCAUCUGAUGAAAGCAUGCCUAUUAAGUUCCAAAGAAGACAGUUUCCUUUAAUUGUGUCUUUUGCUAUGACCAUUAACAAAAGUCAGGGGCAAUCAUUAUCUCAAGUUGGUGUCUAUUUACCAAAGCCAGUGUUUUCUCAUGGGCAAUUGUAUGUUGCUAUUUCCAGAGUUAAGAGUAGAGCUGGUUUGAAGAUAUUAAUAUGCAAUGAAGACAGUAGCCAAAGAGAUGUUACUAAGAAUAUUGUCUUCAAGGAAGUUUUUCAAAAGAUUUACAAUUAUUAG